AUGAGUAGUCGAAGUCUGAAUGAUCCGUUGAGCUCGAAAGAUCCAUGGGCUCCAUAUACCCCGGACAACCAACCGGAUAGUCGAUACACGGUGUCCGAAGCUGAAUCCAGUGUCACCGAGUCCGGAACCCGUUCCCAGCGUAAUGUCAAAGGAGGCGUGCAACUAAGCGAAAUGGAGCCCAAUUACUCGCCCGUCGACCCUGACGAUGAUCUCGAUAUUCUUCACGAAACGGUGGCAGCAACGGAGCUCCGCUGUCACUUAAACGAGGCACUGAGUGUGUUGCUGCAUCAAGACUCGAACGCGUAUGAUACAACGAUGAAAGCUUUGUACGGCAAGAGGUUUAAGAAGGGCGAAGUACUGUUCCGCCAACGCGUGGCGUUCGACACUAACUCGCAGGAGCAAGCUCGUGUUCCCGUGAAAGAUGGAAACGACGAGACACCGCAGAAAGACGUCAUCACUGUCGCGUCGGCCACGUUACGUCCUAGCGCUGGUUUGCUACUACCCUCUCGUCAUAGACACACGCAACAACUCUUGUUCUCGACCUGUACGCACCAGUAUCCAGACAAGAAACGCGCCGUGCACGUGAUGAAGACAGUGCCCAAAUCUGUCCACGACCAGGUGCUUCCUAGCUCGAACCGCUCUUCGCUGCGCCGUCAACUCGAUCACAUUGCUGUCGGGUUUGAUCUGCAGCUCACGCCACGUCCUGGAGGUAGUAGUCGCCAGAUGACGCGCAUUUUUGCCCAUGCGUACGCCUCGGACCGGCCGUCAUCGGCCUUCCGAGAGGAAACCGGCGAGAACCGGGCAGCGUCCGUAGCCAAGAAGCGUGAGGCGGCUGCGAGAAUUCACGCGUCCGACUUGAGCCGCCGCCGUACAGCACUGAUGAACCCGGAGGCGCGUCAUGUGAUGAGGGUGUUGACCGAGUCGGUCGCGCAGUUUGAACGGGUGAUCCGUCGCCGGCGGUUUGGCUUCCAGUCUUUCAUCUAUUUCCCCAAGGAAUACGCAGACCCGUUUCGGGAGAAACGCUGCUCGAUCUGCAGCAAGAGCUUCCACUUUUUCCGUCGUGACUUCUACUGCCAGCUCUGCGGCCACAUGGUAUGUGGAGACUGCUCUCAGCUGUACGAGGUGGAAGCUCGUAUCGGAGAAGUUCGUAAGAACCGCUGCUGUGUUCGGUGCGUCGUACGUGUUGACUCCUGUAAGUUCGACGACGAAGAUCUGCUGCCUGAUUUGGGUCCAAUCCUCGUCGAAGCGCCUCCCGACGUCUGGGAGAGCUUGGGCUCGAACGGUAAUGUAGACGACACGUCUUCUGAGUCUGAUAUGGACGAUCUACCCGGUCAGCUUUGUUUUGAAGAUCCGGAGACACGCAUUCGGGCACUGGAGAUGCUUGGUCGAGUUGUAGGAAGCCCAGCAAGCUCUUAUUCUUCCUCGGACUCGAGCCGUAAGCUCGUGAAACUAUCUAGUAAUGGAUGCAUUCGAAGCCACAAGAAGCAGAGUAAGAAAACUACCAAAACGCAGUCUCAACGCGUGCGGAAGCGUGUGGAGAACCACGUGACCCACGAGCUGGCCAGGUCACGGCUCAAAUACACCGUUGAUGCCUGUGACGUAAGCGAUCGCACCAGAGACUACAAGUACGAGUUCGAUAGCUCCAAAGUCACGAAUGAAGACCACCCGUUAGCCCCUAUGCCCGAUGGACAGAAGGACGCCCGACGCGUCGACUUUAUCCAGCAAUCUGGCGCGUUGCGGUCAGACUACGACCGCUCGGCGCUGAAUAUGAUCGCGCAGGUGGCGGCCGAACGCCUCGCCUGUCCGAUCGGCUUCGUCUCGAUGGUAGACGAUGCGCAGUUCCACGCUAUCGGCAACUACAACCUACCCGUGGAAGCGCAUCACCUUCCUCAUAACGAGAACAUGUGCAUACACGCCGUGUACGCGGACAAACCGUUAGUGGUUAAAAACCCGCAGCGCGAUAUGCGUUUCGCUCAGAUGCCGUGCGUGGAAGACCUGGGCGUCAAGUUCUACGCUGGUUUCCCGCUGCGAGCCCCAAACGGAGAAGUGGUAGGGUCCCUGUGUGCAGCAGACGGAGUUGCGCACAACAACAUCUCCACCAAGGACUACGCGACGAUGGAGACGCUGGCCAAGCUAGCCUCGGACCUACUGGCGCACAACAACCCCCAGAGUACGAAGAGCUGA